UGCAAGGAAAACUCAAGACGGAAGAACACAUCUUUAUUACUCGUCUCCUCUUUUCUCCCUUCACAAACCCUAGUAGUAGAGGCAGAAGAAACUCGAAAUCACCGAUUCCCUCGUCGAUUCUUCUCCUCUAUCGUCCUCUCGGAAAUGGCGGAAACUGUGGCGGAAUCAGAUAAGGCGGGGCAGACGGGACCUACAGGUGGAGAAGAGCAGAGGGCUCUAAAGGACAAAGGCAAUGAACUCUUCAAAGCCGGGAACUAUCUCAAAGCCGCUGCUCUCUACACUCAGGCGAUCAAACUCGAUCCUUCUAAUCCUACUCUUUACAGUAACCGAGCUGCAGCUUUUCUGCAGUUAGUUAAGCUUAGCAAAGCUCUAGCUGAUGCCGAGACGACUAUCAAACUCAACCCUCGAUGGGAGAAGGGGUAUUUCAGAAGAGGUUGUGUGCUUGAAGCCAUGGACAAAUAUGAAGACGCCUUGGCGGCGUUCCGGAUGGCCCUGCAGUGUAACCCACAGAGUGCAGAAGUUUCUAGAAAGAUCAAGAGGCUUGGUCAGUUGCAGAAGGAUAAACAACGAGCUCUAGAAGUUGAGAAUUUGAGAUCGAAUAUCGACAUGGCCAAGCAUCUUGAUGGUUUGAAGUCGGAAAUGUCUGAAAAGUAUGGAACUGGAGCAUGUUGGGAAGAGAUGUUUUCUUUUCUCGUCGAGACAAUGGAAACGGCAGUGAAAUCAUGGCAUGAAACUUCUAAAAUCGACCCGAGAGUCUUCUUUCUUCUCGACAAAGAGAAAACGCAAACCGAAAAGUAUGCUCCUGCAGUGAACAUCGACAAGGCUUUUGAAUCGCCACAAACACACAGCAGCUGUUUUACAUUCCUCAGGCAAUAUGCAGAGGAGUCAUUCUCUAAAGCUGCUUGCUUGAUAACACCAAAGAGUAUCAUAUCCUACCCACAGGUGUGGAAGGGCCAAGGUUCAAGGAAAUGGAAACUCGGACAGAAUGAUGGAUUCUUCGUUCAGUUCGAGUCUCCCUCUGUUCGAAAACUCUGGUUCAUCCCAAGCUCCAAGGAAAAGGGCCAAACUUUGUGCAGGGAGCCUCAAACGCUGGAGAUGAGUGCACAUGAGAUUCUUCCUCGCAUUUUCAAGGAGACACCCAACAACUCAUCAUAGUUUCGAUUCGAGCGUCUCCUUCCACAAUGCUGUUUUUUUUUUGGGUUAUUAAAAAAAAAAAAAAAAAGGAAACCCCUUGAGAUUAUAUGAGCAAGAAUUGAAACUAAAAAUUUUAAUUAAUUUUGUUUUGUU